CAAAGAAAAGAUGACUUUUAAAAAGUGACACGUAAAAUACAGCAAGGCGACAAGCUAUUGCCACGUCAAUAGUUUAAGACACGUGUCCCCACGUAAACAUAUUCUCUUCUCUAGAAAGUCCCCCUCGCUUCUUUUUCUUGGUUGGAGCUUGCCUUUGUUCUUGGUUCUGAACUUCGAAACAAUUAAAAGAGAUAACUAACUGUAUAAUUCAAGCAUCAGGGAGCGAAUUUGAAGAUGAUCCAGUCAAGACUAGCUGCAACCGCAACAAGAUCGUAUAGGUCCCUCUCUUUAGCCUACAAUCUAGCUCGAGUUCGAGGAUUUGCUACAGGACCAACUGGUCGCCCUGCUGAUCCUGAGGUUUACGCUGACCGUGAACAUGAAAUUCAACAUGCUGUUCCCCCUGGAAAACCUGAAGAAAUGGCAGGAAAGUACGAGCCUGAAACCGGCAAGCGACAAACAGAAGCAGAAUGCAGACUCAGUAAAGAUACCGAAACAUUGGCACCACCCAAACCGCCACAUGUGCCUACUACAAAGCUGGAAAAUGCUGGAGUUCACAAUCCAGCAGAACCCAUUGUCCAACAAAGGCGAAAGAACUCAACAUUGACACUAGAAGCAGUUAGCUGCGCUGGACUUGAUGGCGCGCCAUGGCCAAAGGAUGAGAGAAGCACCAAAGAACAAGUAGAAGAUGACAAGGAAUAUUUCAGGCGUCGCAAGGCGUCGCCGUUGUCAGAAACUCAGGUGGCGGAUACUAGAAAGCCGAUAACAAGGGCAACCGAUGGCACUGCUUGUGAAGAAAUUUAUAAAGAACCUGGAGACGUGAUUGGGUGGUUGCCAGAGCAACUUGACACGGCUGAGCAGGCACUCGAGAGAGCUCGAAGGAUUUGGAUGGAGAAUGCUAUGCGUGGUGAUCCUGAUACACCACAUGGUCGGGUUUUAAGAGAGCUUCGAGGAGAGUGGUUUUGACCUCUAAAGACGGAGAUUAAUACUUGGUUGUGUUUGAGUAGAAACAAUAGAAGCAUGGUUUUGAAUUGUGCUAGAUUUCAAAUUUAAGUGUUAUAAUUUCAGGAAUUGAAAUUAUAUUUUGUAAUGUAAUACAAAUAAGAAUAUACACUGUAAUAGUAAGUUCAGCGGUCACACUUUCUAGUA